GCCCAGACUGGUACCUGACCAAGGUGAAGCUGAGAGUGGCCGACGUGAAUGAUAACGUUCCGGAGUGGAGCAUGGAGCCGUACCCCUACCUGGCAGUGGUGGCGCCCCAGGCCCCCUCGGGGACUCUGGUCUACCAGCUCCAGGCCCUGGACCCGGACGAGGGGAGCAGUGGGGAGGUGGAGUACUUUCUGUCCGAUGGAGGGGAGGGCUGUUUUUCAGUUGCCCAGCAGACGGGCCGUGUGGUGACUACAGGGUUUCCCCUGCAGAGAGACAGGGAGUACCUCCUCAGCGUGCUGGCAUUCGACGGCCUGGGGAGUCGCAGCGCUCCCGCCAUGCUGUCUGUGGUGGUGGGGCCUCGCGCCCCCCAGUUCACCAACACCAGCUACGCCAUCUCCAUACCUGAGAACACACCUGAGGGACAGGCCUUCCUGGUAGUGCUGGCCAUUUCCUUCCAGAAGCAGCCAAUCAGCUACAGCCUGCUGAUCAACCCCAGCAGUCUGUUCUCCAUGCAGGGAGAGACUGGGGAGGUGGGCCUGACCAGGACGCUGGACUACGAGAGCGACCAGCGGAGAUAUCUGCUGAUGGUCCGCGCCAGUGAGGGGGGGCCUGGGGGCCUCAGUAGUGUCACUGAGAUCCAGGUGGUGAUAACUGAUGAGAAUGACUGUGUUCCAGAGUUCCUCCAGUCUAUCUACAGUGUGGACGGAGUCCUAGAGACAGUAACCACAGCAACCUCUCUCCUGCAGGUGCUGGCCAGUGACUGUGACUCAGGCCUGAAUGCUGAGCUGACCUACUACACCCUGAGCCCUGACUUCAGCGUGUCGCCCCAUGGUACCAUCUUUCCUGCCGGUCGUCUUGACUACGAGCGGCCCAACCACCUGUAUGAGUUUGUCGUCAUGGCGGUGGACAGUGGGGAGGAGCCUCAGUCUGGGACGGCCACCAUCCGACUGCGCAUGGCCAAUGUUAAUGACGAGCCGCCUGCAUUCUCACAGUCUGACUACAGGACGUUUGUCUCAGAGGACGCGGGCCCCAACACGCUGGUUGCCACGGUGCUGGCCAAGGACCCCGACGGUGACGGGAUCGGCUACUCCAUCACAGAUGGGAACGAGGAGGGGAACUUCGUCAUCGACAGCCAGAAAGGGCUCAUCCGGCUUCGCUCCACCCCUCCACCCAAGCUGCAAGGCCUGGAGUAUGUCCUCAACGUCACGGCAACAGACGACAACGCUUCCGGUGGGCCCCACCCCCUCUCCAGCACCACCAGGGUCAUCGUGGGGGUGGAUGACGUCAACAACAACAAGCCCGUCUUUGAGAAGUGCCAGCAGUAUCGUGAGCAGGCGUCGGUCCUGGAGAACCAGCCAACCGGGACCUUUGUUCUUCAAGUGCAGGCCGUGGAUGCAGACGAAGGGGCCAAUGGGAAGGUCAAGUACGGCUUGAUGCAUAGAGACAGCACCAUCCCAGCCUUCAAGGUCCACCCCGACACAGGGGUGAUCGUGACGGCCCGGCGGUUCGACAGGGAGCAGCAGAGGGAGUACUCCAUCACAGUCACGGCCAUCGACCGUGCCGAGGAGCCUCUGAUCGGCCUCUGCCAGCUCAGCGUGCUGAUCCUCGACCAGAACGACAACAGCCCCAAGUUUGAGAACCUCCGCUAUGAGUACUUCCUGAGGGAGGACACCAUGGUGGGCACCAGCUUCUUACGAGUGGCGGCGCAUGAUGACGACUUUGGCAGCAACGCGGCCGUCACAUACUCCAUGUCCCAGGAAGAGCCGGAGUACCUGAAGGUCAACCCGGUGACCGGCUGGCUCUACGUCAACGAGCCCAUCUCACAAAGGAGCUACAUCACCCGAGAGGUGGUGGCCACUGACGGGGGCGACCGCAGCACAUCAGUGGAGCUGGCCGUCACCAUCACCAACGUGAAGAACCAGCCGCCCCAAUGGGAGAGGGACGGCUACAGCGUGGUCCUGCCUGAGAACACCCCCAGGGACACCCCCAUCGUGACUAUCAAGGCCACCUCCCUGCUGGGCGACCCCAGGGUGACCUAUAACCUGGAGGAUGGCUCGGUCCCGGAGACCAACAUGCCCGUUCGCUUCUACCUGUCUCCCAACCGCGAGGAUGGCUCCGCCUCCAUCCUGGUCUCCGAGCCGCUGGACUACGAGACCACGCCCACUUUCUCCCUCCGUGUGCGGGCGCAGAACGUGGCGGCGGUUCCCCUGGCGGCCUUCACCACCGUCUACGUUAACGUCACGGACGUAAAUGACAACGUCCCCUUCUUCACCUCCUCCAUCUACGAGGCGUCGGUGACCGAGGGCGCUCAGGUGGGGACUCUGGUGCUGCAGGUGUCCGCCCAUGACAAGGACCUGGGGCUCAACGGACAGAUCUCCUACUCCCUGCUGAGUGACAGUAGUGGGGAUCACCGCUUGUUCCGGAUCCACCCGGAGCUGGGCUCCAUCUACACGGAGGCCGUGUUUGACCGCGAGGCCCGAGGGUCCUACCUCCUGGAGGUCCAGUCUGAGGAUGGCCGGGAGUCUGCGCGGCCGGGACGCAACAAGCAGCCCAACUCUGACACGGCGUAUGUGCGGGUGUUCAUCAGCGACGUGAACGACAACAAGCCGGUGUUUGCCCAGCGCCUGUACGAGGUGGAGGUUGACGAGGAUGCAGAUGUAGGCCUGGCCGUCAUCACCGUCAGCGCUAACGACGAAGAUGAAGGUGCCAACGCCAAGGUGCGUUACCAGAUCACGUCUGGGAAUACGGGCGGUGUGUUCGACAUGGAGCCGGAGGUGGGCUCCAUCUUCAUCUCCCAGCCGCUGGACUACGAGAAGCAGAAGCGCUACAGGCUGCUGGUGCUGGCGUCGGAUGGGCGAUGGGAGGACUAUGCCGCCGUGGUGGUGAACGUGGUCAACAGGAACGACGAGGCGCCCGUGUUCUCCGUCAACGAGUACUACGGCUCCGUCACCGAGGAGCUGGACGGCUCGCCUGUCUUUGUACUGCAGGUGACGGCGACAGACCCGGACAAGGACGCGGACCAGGGCGCCGUGCGCUACUCCCUCCAUGGCCAGGGGGCGGAGUCCCAGUUCGUCAUCAACGACAUCACGGGGGAGAUGUACGCCCAGCGCACCCUGGACCGCGAGGACCGUGCUGUGUGGCGUUUCGUCGUCCUGGCGACGGACGAGGAAGGGGAGGGGCUUACCGGAUUCACCGACGUCAUCAUCAACGUGUGGGACAUCAAUGACAACGCCCCCGUUUUCCCCUGCGCCCCCGAUAACUGCCAUGGCAACGUACCGGAAAACUCCCCUCCCGGAACUGUUGUCAUGGAGAUGAUGGCGGUUGACCUUGACGACACGGCCGUGGGCCAGAACGCCAUCCUCACCUACAGAAUAGCGGAGAACGCCCGCACCACCCGCGGGGACGAUCUCUUCGCCAUCGACGCCAGUACCGGAACCGUUUCCGUGGCGUCAGCCGGGCUGGACCGGGAGGAGGCGGAGAGUCACCGUCUGGUGGUGGAAGCGAGGGACGGGGGGGGCAUGACCGGAACGGCCGUCGCCACGGUGACGGUCGGCGACCUGAACGACCACGUCCCCCGGUUCAGAGACGAGAGGUGUGGGGCCCGGGUGUCUGAGAGCAGCCAGCCGGACGCCCUGGUCCUGGAGCUGCCCGGGGUGGACGGCGACGCGGGGCUGUACGGCCUGCUGGCCUUCAGCCUGGUGGGGGGAGACCCGGAGCAGAGCUUCUACAUGGUGACCCAGCGGCAGGAGCACACAGCCCUGCUGAGGCUGAGGGAGCGUCUGGACUACGAGAGGCCGGCCCAGCGGACCUUCAACCUCACCGUCAAGGUGGAGGACCCAGACUUCUCCAGCUUCAUCCACUGCAUCAUCCAGCUGGCGGAUGAGAACGACAACGCACCGGUGUUCUCGUCCUCGCCCCCUCCCCCGACCCUCCUGUCGGAGGACGUGGCUGUGGGGGCCAGGGUGGGCCAGGUCCAGGCCACUGACCCGGACUCGGGCCUGAACGGGAGGGUGCUUUACUCCAUCGCCCCUGAGUCCGACCCUCGGCGCCAGUUCUCCGUCGACGGCGACGGGGUCGUCACGGUCGCGGGCGCGCUGGACCGCGAGGCGCUGCCCGGGUACCUGCUGGUUGUCGUGGCAACGGACCAGGGGGUUCCUCCGUUGAGUGGCAGCGCCACGGUAACGGUCAGCCUCCUGGACGUCAACGACAAUGGGCCAGAGCUGGAGACGGGCUACGCCCCCCUCCUCUGGGAGAACAGCCCCGUCCCCCAGCUGGUCUGGCUGAACACCACCUCCCCUCUGCUGCACGUGAAGGACAGAGACACCCCCGAGCACGGCCCCCCCUUCUCCCUCUCCCUGCCCCCCCUCCUCCCCCCAGACUUCCACCUGCAGGACCACGGCAACGGCAGCGCCACCCUCACCGCGCUCCGCGCCUUUGACCACGAGAGGCAGACCAAGCUCCGCCUCCCCAUCGUCAUGAUUGACAGCGGCAGUCCACCAAUGACGGUCACCAACACCCUGACGGUUUUGAUUGGCGAUCGCAACGACAACCCCCACCUGGGCGGGGAGAAGGAGGUGUUCGUCCACGGCCGCAGGGGAAGGAUGCCCACCAUGGACCUGGGCAAGGUGUUUGCCCCUGAUCCUGAUAUCUGGGACAACAAGACCUACACUCUGGAGGCAGGCCUGCCCAGGUAUUUCACUGUGAACAAGACCACAGGUCAGCUGACCAUGAGAGCCAACACUCCCGCUGGCAGUUAUUGGCUGAAGGUCUGGGUGUCAGAUGACGUGUGGCCGGACAUGGUCUCCGGGGUCAAAGUUCAUGUCAGAGAGCUUGAGGAACUGGCCAUCCGAUCCUCUGCUUCCCUGCGUCUGAGAGGCAUCACCCCCCGGGAGUUCAUGACCCCUGGUGUUGACGAGAGGGGCAGUCGGCUGGACCGGUUCCGGGACUUCCUGUCCGCUCAGCUUUCGGUCAAGUCCAGCAGCGUGACCAUCUUCAGCCUGACCGAUGUGGGCACAGGGAAGCUGGACGUGCGUUUCUCCGUGUUCACAGACGUCUACCUCCGUCCUGAGAAGUUGCACGGAUACCUCUCGGCCCACAAACAGAAGCUGCAGGCCAUGCUGCGUGUGAAUGUGUCCCAGGUACGGGUGGAUGAAUGUGUCAACACGGACUGCCGUGCCAAGGGAGGCUGCUCCACCCAUCUGAGCGUCAGCGAUGACCCCACCCUGGUGGACGCCGGCAGUGCAGCCCUGGUGUCCGUAACCAUCACCCCCUCAGCCGUGUGCGGCUGCUCUGCCAGGGGGCGGAGCCACCACGCCUGCUCCUCCUACCCCUCCGGCCCCUGCCUCAACGGGGGGACCUGCCUCGACGCGCUGAGUGGCUACAGGUGCCAGUGCCCGCCACUGUUCGAGGGUCCGGAAUGCCAGCAGACCAGGCGGCGUUUCCUCGGUAACGGCUACGCCUGGUUUCCUCCCAUGAUGCCGUGCGUGGACAGCCUGGUCUCCGUGGAGUUCCUGACAGAGGGCGAGGACGGGCUGCUGCUCUACACGGGCCCCCUGGCAACCCUGUUGCCGGGAGACCCGGAGGACUACAUGGCUAUAGAGCUGAUUGGUGGAAACCCCAUCCUGAAGAUCAACCAUGGUUCUGGAACCCUUGUGAUGCAGCUGCAAGCUAAUGUAGCGGACCGACGCUGGCAUCGAUUGGAUGUUAGAAGUAACAGUAAGGAAGUGCGCUUCACCUUGGACCGCUGCUCCAGCGCCAUCGUCAUGGAGACAGAGGGUGUGGAGACUUGGGCCAUGACAGAGGACCGCUCCUCCUGUGAGGCCAGGGGAGUGACCCCCAAUAAGGACAGGUUCCUGGACGGCAGCCUGGUACUCCAGCUGGGGGGAGUGAAGGAGAACCUGUCCUACCAGUACCCCCUGCUCCAGCACAAACACUUCACCGGCUGCAUCCGCAACCUGGCUGUGGACACCCAGCUCUACGACUUGGCUUCUCCUGCAGAGUCCUCUGGCACUGUCACAGGAUGUUCUCUGACUGACGCCAGCUGCCUGAACAUAGGAGUCCCCUCCUGUGGCACCAGGGGGCGCUGUCUGGGCGAAUGGAGCUCCCACAGCUGCCAGUGUGAGCCGGGAUACACAGGAGCCCAGUGUGACCAAGAAUCACCGGCGUUCUCCUUGGAUGGGCGGAGUCAUGUCCAGUACCAGCUGCAGUGGGCCCUGUCGGCCCGUCAGACCAGAUUCCAGGCGCUGAUCCGGACCCGGUCUGCGGGCGGAGUGGUCCUCAGUCUGCUGUCCCAGGAGCAGAGCGAGUUCCUGCGUCUGGAGGUCUACCAGGGACUGCUGUGCGUCUUCUACAACUUGGGUGAUGGAGACUACAACGUGACGCUGCCUCUCCAUCGCCUUGACGACGGGGAAUGGCACCAGGUGGAGCUGGACCGCAGCGGCAGAGUGUUCACCCUGAGGCUGGACGGGGGCGGCGGGGGGCGGGAGGUCUCUGCCUCUCCAGGACGCAGCCAGGAGCUCAUCAUAGACCCGUCUGUGGUGAUGCUGGGAAACUCCUUCCCCUCAGGACACAACCACAGCUUCAUAGGCUGUGUGAGGGAUGCGAGGCUGAGUGGCAGGCCCCUGUCCCUGUCCACGCUGCUGUCUGAGGGGGUCCAGGUGGCCAGCUCCCAGGGGCUCUCUCCUGGAUGCCCCUCCCGCGCCUGCAGGGAUCACCAGUGCUCUCCGCCCUUCAUCUGCCUGGACCUAUGGAGGCGCCAUGAGUGCAGGUGCCCUCCAGGUCACAUGACCAAAGACAGCCCCUCGGGUGGGAAGACGUGCGUGUACACGCUUUGCGCCAGCCGGCCCUGUCGCCACGGCACCUGCGUGGCCCACUCGCCCUCGCGCUACUCGUGCCACUGCAGCACGGGCUACAGGGGGCGCCACUGCGAGCUGGAGCUGGCUCUCUCCCACAACCAGGAGGGCAGCAGUCUGAGCCUCAGCUCCAUGUUUGCCAUCAGCAUCUGUGUGCUGGCCUUCCUAGUGCUGACGUUGGGCUUGUUCCUGUACUCGUGCUGGAGGAGGCACAAGGGGCUGAAGGAGGGGGUGUACCACGUGUCCGCUCACCAGGGGGAGUGGGAGGACAUCCGGGAGAACGUCCUCAACUACGACGAGGAGGGGGGGGGGGAGCAGGACCAGAAUGCCUUCAACAUGGUGGAGCUCCAAAGGUCCCUGCAGUCCAGCCCGGCCCAGUCUCUGAGGUACAGCUACCCACAAUGCAUCAUCUACCCGCAGAACAAACCGCCCAGCAACAAUACCAACGGGAUGGCCAAUGGCAGCGCGGCCAUCGCCCUGCGCCUGGCGAUGCCCCCCUCGGAGAGCGCGGGCCUUCCCUCCCCGCUCGCCACCCGCCGCUCUCACCUCUCCCUCUCCCUGUCCAGCCAGGACCUCGCCCUCUACCUGUGUGAGGUCAUCAGAGACACUGAGCGCCUAGGAAACCCCGGUACCAUGACUAUGCCGCGCAAGGGUGUGGCCAACAAAGGGCGUAGCUUGGCUUCCAUGCGCUCCCUCAGUUCGCUGGGGUCAGAGGGCAAGGGUCAGAGAGCACCAAACCCGCAAUUGGACCGGCUCAAAGCUCUGAGGGCGGCGGUUAGUGACCUGAGGUCUGACAUGGCCAGUAAGAACUCAGAGGGACAGAGAGACAAGAGGAAGGAGAGCAGGGAACAGCCCAGCAGUGAGAAGAGUGGGUGAGAUCUGGGAGAGA